CGCGGCUGCUGGUUAAAUACUAGUAUUGAAGUACGCGCGCGCACACACGCCAUGGCGCUGCCGUGUUAUCUGCUGGUGGAGUUGUUGCUGUACGGUAGCUGUGUUAUAUGUGGAAUCGUCACAGCCGCCUUCGUUACUAUUUCACAGGGUAGCUUUGCUGGGAAGUGUAUGCUAUAUGGUUCAGUACAUGUGAACUCCUCCAUCAGUGUGCUCUCAUCCACGUCUCCCUCACUGUGCUACUUUGUGUCAGCCAUAUCAGUGUGUGUGGCUGUUUUCUGCUUCUCCCUCACCCUAUGCUGGAUCUACACCAGCUGUGUUGAUGGAGAGGUGAAAAGAGAGAAAUUCUGCAUGAAAAUUACCCUCGGCGUGUGUGGAGUCUUCCUUUUCUUUCUCUUGGUGACGGGAUGCAUCCUGAAAAUUGGCAGAGACCGACUGUGUGACUCAGUGCUCAGUCAAAUGACAAAUAUAACCAGGUGUGAAGAAGCACAAAAUAACUUUUGGAUGAGCCCUAUCAAUGGGAACCAGUUCUACUCAAACCUACACAGUGCAGAGACAGCAGUAUGGGUGAACCUGUUCUUAUGGAUGAUCAUUGCUGUUCUGGUUCUGGUCCAGUGUAAACAAGGGUCAGGAAACAGGUCAGGAGGAGAGGACCCGUCAGCCACCCCCUCUGAAACGGAACCCUUCUUCAACCCGGGACAUCCUUAGGGAAAUAUAUGUCUGUAGACUCUAAAACGGUCUACAUUCCACAUGAACACACACAUACUCGCACAUACGUAACACUUGCUCUAACUGUCACACUGCUGGCUAGCAUUUGACUAGCCGAGGAGAGAUGAUUUAUUUUUUUUUCUCUAGCAUUGCCAGGGGUUAGUUGCCAUGGUUACUGAUCUGUGGCUGGCAGCACAGACCUGGCAGGUGAGAGUGUGCGGUUGCCAGAUUGGUGGUGUGACCUGAACUGAUCAAGACACCGCGUUCCAUAAAAACAUCAAAUUUGACAAUGUUGUCAGCAUUUUUUAAGAGCAGCAAAAUUAUAUCAAAAAUAAAAGAAAGAAGACAUCUCUAUAUUUCUAAGAAAAAUGUUUGUGCACUUUGCAUGAUUCUGGUGUUUUAUUCCAUGGCUAAAAAUGCCACGAGUGGAAAUGUUAGUUUAAAGGUAUGCCUGAAAUAACUGCCAUUCAAUUUAACCUGGUUGCGUUGGCGUUAACCCAAGCCAACCCACUGUACUGUAAUUUUUGAACGGUCUUACACAAGUAAAGUCUAAUAGGCACUGUACAUUUUCGCCCUCUGCUGUCUGCUUACAUGUAUUACUUUAUAAAUCCCAUCAGACGGUGCUUGUGUCCCUGUUUUGUGGGCUAGGAAUCUCCCAUAAAUGCCAUUUUCCCUAAUUUCACAUUUCUCCUAUUUGUAGUCCUUGGUGAGUUGAUGUCCUUAACACGAGCAAAACUGCUUGAGAGUGUCUUUCUGAGAGAGUUUAGCUAUUAAUCUUGUGCCCUGCAGAGAUGUCAUUUUUAAUGGGGUUUUUCUGUACACAGUCAUGGGAGGUUGGUGUGUGUGUGUGUGUGUGUGUGUGUGUGUGUGUGGUGUGUUUGGGAUGACAGGGACAUAAAUCUAUAAUUUGGCCAGUGAUGGUAUCCGCUUUCUGCAGGCCAAGUGCCAAAUCUGAGCACUAAUGUCCUCGAAAACACAGUGUCCUUCCGCCCAUCUCUGCAGCAUACAGUGCCCAUGUUUAUUUCAGUUAUUAAAUGCUUUAGACUGCUUUCCUAAUAAUUAAUUUAUCUCUGUGCAGUUUUUGUACAUUCUCAUUUAACUUCCCAUAUUUGUUUUGUGAAAAACUACUGUUCAUAUACAAGCACUGAUUUUUCUUUUAUGGAAACAAAAUCUGUUGUAUACCCAGUAUUCCCGAGUCUAAGGUUGUGCGAAACUUUCAAAGUACAUUCAAAUAAAUUGGUCAACCCAAGUUUUAAGUGGGUUGUUUAAAGUG